AUGUCCAUCGACCCCGCGGUCGAGCUGCCCUUCUUCUACGGCAGUAUCAGUCGCUCGGACGCCGAGCAGAGCCUGAAGCUGGCCGGCAUGUCGGACGGCCUCUUCCUGUUGAGACAGUGCCUCCGCAGCCUUGGAGGCUAUGUCCUGUCUGUGGUCUGGAAUCUGGAGUUUCACCACUACACCGUAGAGAAACAAAUGAACGGGACUUACUGCAUCUCCGGAGGGAAGCCUCACUGCGGCCCUGGGGAGCUCUGCGAGUUUUACAGCAAGGACCCCGACGGGCUGGUGUGUCUCCUGAAGAAGCCAUGUCUGCGUCCUCCGGAGAUGCCCAUAAAGGUUGGCGUUUUUGACAAAAUGAGGGAGAACAUGCUGAGGGAGUACGUCAAGCAGACCUGGAACCUGGAGGGAGAAGCCAUGGAGCAGGCUGUCAUCAGUCAGGCUCCUCAGCUUGAGAAGCUGAUUGCCACCACUGCCCAUGAGCAGAUGCCCUGGUAUCACGGAAAUAUCACUCGAGUCGAAGGGGAAAGGAGGCUUUACUCUGGAGCACAGCCAGACGGCAAGUUUCUUGUCAGAGACAGAAAGGAGGCUAAUUCGUUUGCUCUCUCUCUGAUGUACGGGAAAACGGCUUACCACUAUCAGAUCCAGCAGGACAAAUCAGGGAAGCUGGCUAUGCCGGAGGGUACAAAGUUUGACACACUGUGGCAGCUGGUCGAGUAUCUGAAGAUGAAGCCUGAUGGUCUGGUAACUGUCCUCGGGGAGGCCUGCGUCAACGGCAAAACUGUAGAACAGAAACCCAGUGUUCCUUCAGAAAGGCGAGGUGGAGGUCGACGGAAUCCAUACACACCACCACCUGGAGCUGCUGCGCUGACCUCAAAACCAGCUACUUCUGUGCCUAAAGAGUGCGACCUUCUGCCCAUGGAUUGUGAUGGAUUUAACCCAUAUCACAACCCGAAUGAGAUCAAGAAAUUCAACAUCCAGCGGGACCAGCUGAUGAUAGACGAGGUGGAACUCGGCUCUGGAAACUUUGGCUGUGUGAAGAAGGGAGUCCUCAGGAAAGAAUCAGGCCAGGUAGAUGUGGCCAUCAAGGUGCUGAAGAGUGAAAAUGAAAAGGUGGUGAAGGAUGAGAUGAUGAGGGAGGCAGAGAUCAUGCACCAGCUGGACAACCCGUUCAUCGUCCGCAUGCUGGGCCUGUGCAACGCCGAGCACCUGAUGCUCGUCAUGGAGAUGGCUGCAGCCGGUCCCCUCAACAGGUUCCUCUCCGCCAAAAAGGAAACUGUGUCUGUGGAGGACAUCGUCAACCUGAUGCACCAGGUAUCGAUGGGGAUGAAGUAUUUGGAGGAGAAGAACUUUGUGCACAGAGAUCUGGCAGCUCGCAACGUCCUGCUGGUCAACCAGCAGUUCGCCAAAAUCAGUGACUUUGGGCUUUCCAAGGCGCUGGGAGCAGAUGACAACUACUACAAAGCUCGUACAGCAGGUAAAUGGCCACUGAAGUGGUACGCUCCAGAAUGUAUAAACUUCCACAAAUUCUCCAGUAAAAGUGACGUAUGGAGCUUUGGUGUCACCAUGUGGGAGGCGUUCACCUACGGAGGAAAACCCUACAAGAAAAUGAAAGGUCAGGAGGUCACGGCCUUCAUUAACAACGGGGGCCGUAUGGAGCGUCCGCCAGCGUGUCCAGAGAGGAUGUACACACUGAUGAGAGAGUGCUGGACACAGUCCCACGAGGAUCGCCCCGACUUCAAGAAGGUCGAGGAGUCCAUGAGGACUUAUCAUUACUCCAUAUCCAGCAAGGCCAAGCCUGAUGGAGCCGAAGCUGCUGCCAUGCCUAGCAAGUAGACAGGAAGACAGGCACAUUCUGUCCCACUGCUGCACAAAGCAUCCUUUCAACCAAACGUUAAACUACCAAGACAAAAGGCAUUUCAUGAGCGGCGCAUAAUGAUGAGCUUUGAAUGCCGAGCAGAUACAGCUAAACGGGCCUCAUUGACAAUAAAUGUGCAUUUGUAAAUUGUUCCUGGGUGUUUCAGCUGUGUAAGGAGGGUUGCUGUAGGUUUGUGUGUCUGUCCUGGUCUGAAUGUUAAGUGUCUUUGCAUUGAUGACAGAACUAAUUCUGUAUUCUGGUAUUUCUAGACUGUAAUGGGAAUCUAUGGCACAUGAAGAAUUUUUUUUUUCUGUACUUCCACCUUAGAGCAGUUUGUCUGUUUUUAUGCCAAAUAAAGUAAAACUAACAAAAAAUAGAUCAUUUGAGUCAGAAUUUGAUGCUAAGUGAUUCAUAUAUUUGUAAUGGGCACCAAAGAAAAUACAAAAAUAUGUUUGUAGAGUU